GUGGUAACUAGUGACGACUGGAGGACCAUUGAAAUAACAAAAUGGAGGAAUACGCACGGGAGCCAUGUCCGUGGAGAAUUGUGGACGACUGUGGAGGUGCUUUCACCAUGGGGGCCAUUGGAGGAGGGAUCUUCCAGGCAGUCAAGGGCUUCAGAAAUUCACCUUCAGGGAUGAGCCACCGAUUGAAAGGUAGCAUGACUGCCAUCAAAACCAGAGCCCCACAGUUGGGGGGUAGCUUUGCAGUAUGGGGAGGCCUCUUCUCCAUGAUUGACUGUGGGUUGGUAAAGGUACGGGAGAAAGAGGACCCCUGGAACUCCAUCACAAGCGGGGCCAUGACUGGAGCCAUCCUCGCAGCAAGAAAUGGACCUGUGGCCAUGGUGGGCUCUGCAGCAAUGGGAGGUAUACUGCUGGCGUUGAUAGAGGGUGCUGGGAUCCUGCUCACUAGAUUUGCUUCAUCACAGUUCCCAACUGGUCCCCAGUUUGCUGAGGAGCCAGCCCCCAUGCCUGCCCCUUCCUUUGGAGGAGACUACAGACAGUACCAGUGAGAGGUCCCUCUCAGUCUCUAGGCCUUUUUGAAUUCCUUGCUGAAGUUACACUGGGGAAAUGGAGGACAAAUACUACACAAUACGCAAUUGCAAUUGCCUUUUACCAUCUUCAGCCUUGUCAGUUGUGCGUAGUUCACCCUACAUUGGUUAAAAUAUCUGAACUGGAGACGAGGGAAAAGUUUGUAGUUUGUACAAUCAUACAUGCAUGUAAUACCCUACCCUGCAAGUGUGCCAGAUACACUGGAGCUGAUGUUGAGCCAUGGGCACUGCCAUGGCUAUGUCAAUAUCAACUCAAAGAUGGACCCUUCUAAACUUGUAUAAUGUUUUUCAUAUGUGUGUAUAUAUAGGCUUUCCUGCAUGCAUUUGAUAUGUUUUGCUUAUUUGCCUUGUUCAUCAUAUCCUGUGCUUGUGCUCGCCAUUUUGUAAAUUUAAAAUGUAAGUGGGCAUUUUAUGAAUUGCUUUUAUUGAAUGGUAUAAAAGGCAAACAAUUCAUUUUGCUGUCCCUGAAAUCUUAGGUUUUAUAGUGACUUAUGGUCCUCAUGCAAGGGGUUGAUACAACGUAUCUGUAUGACAGAUUGAAUUAAACAAGAAUAAAAUUGGUCAAAUACAA